AUGGUGGUCUUAGAGAUCGUUACCAUCGGCCAAGAUUCUCACCUUGUCCUCACUCUCGCCUCCUAUCCACCCAAUCCUCUCACGCUUCACCACGCCACCAAUGCGGGUUGUAAAUUCGAACCCCCCCAGAAGGUGGAUCUGCGUCUGAAGGAGUUGGGUGUUUUUCUCUCGCCUCUUCACCUUAAUCAGGAGCACAGCCCAACUACCUUGGGAGGAGGGGAGUGGAAACUUGUCGUCAGUGGCCUUCUUUCACCUCAUCGCUCCCCUAAUCGAGUGGUGCUUUCCAGUUAG